UUGACUACGAUGGAGGGAUGUCGCAAGAGGGGCGUGAAAUGGUUCAAUCUGACGAUAUUCGAGUAUAUGCAGUAUAUUUGCACAUGGGCUUGACAGCCGCUGGAGGACUCGCUUCAGGAACGGGCGAAUCUUGGUCCAACCACGUCAUACCAUCCGCUUUUAUCGACAUUCAAAUACAUGUGUAUCAAAUGCGCUCCAAACUAGUCUCUAAUCCAAUCUGGGAUUUGUGAUAUAAGGUGAGAGUUCAUCUUUUUGGCGCUGAUAUUUUCGGAAGCCACUGGACCGGAAUAAUGAGCACCAACCAGCAUUCGAAUACCCCUAGUGUCAGUGAGGCUUCGGUAAAGUCAAAAAAUGGCCCAAGACAAUACGACGAGGACGUUGAUGUCGAUGUCGAGAGCUAUAGAGAGCUCGUCGAGCAAGAGAGCGACCACGCAAUCAAGUUUAGGACGUGUUCGUGGCAGAAGACAGCUGCGCUGUUGUUCUCAGAAUACAUCUGUCUAGCCAUUCUUUCCUUUCCUUGGUCGUAUUCCGUCCUUGGACUGGUGCCAGGGAUUAUCGUGACACUCGCGGUUGCCGCCAUCGUGUUGUACACAUCUUUGAUCCUUUGGCGAUUUUGCCUCAAACAUCCCGAAGUUCGUGAUGCCUGUGACAUAGGUCGAAUGCUGUUUGGUGGCUCAGAAUGGGCGUACAAUGUCACGGCGGUUUUCUUUUUCCUGAAUAACACCUUUAUACAAGGUCUUCACGUCCUUGUGGGUGCCGAGCUCCUCAACACGCUUACGGGCUCAGCGACGUGCACCAUCGUAUUCAGUUUUGUAACCGCCUUCAUAUGCUUUUUCAUCAGCCUCCCUCGUACACUUUCCCAGCUUAGCUGGCUUGGUACUAUAAGCGCAGGGUUUACAGCAAUAGCUGUACUCCUUGCCAUCGUUUUCUCAGGUGUUCAGGACCAUCCUUUUGGGUUUAUCACAGGUCAAGAUCCCAUAGUCACCGCAUUUCCUAUAAAAGGCACAACCUAUGUAUCUGGCAUGUCAGCUUUCCUCAACAUAACGUAUACUCUGGUCGGCCAAAUCACACUUCCCUCGUUUAUUGCUGAGAUGAAAGAUCCAAAAGAAUUCCCAAAGGCUUUGUGGGCUGUCACAAUAGCUGAAAUUAUCGUUUACACCAUUUGUGGCAGUCUAAUCUAUCAUUGGACUGGGAAUCAAUAUGUCACCUCGCCAGCCGUUGGCUCGCUUCAGAUGACGUAUCGAAAAAUUGCGUUCUCGUUCACCAUCCCAACCAUCUUAUUCCUGGGAUCCUUAUAUUCAUCUGUCACCUCUCGAUUCAUCUUCUUCCGAAUCUUCCGCAACUCACACCAUCGCCACUCGAAUACCGUACUCAGUUGGUCGGUUUGGAUUGGUAUUGUCGCUAUGACGUGGGUGAUAGCGUUCGUCAUCGCCGAAGUCAUUCCUUUCUUCUCGGACAUGCUCAGUCUCAUGAGUUCUCUCUUCGAUGGGUGGUUUGGGUUCAUCUUCUGGGGAAUGGCAUAUCUCCAGCUUUAUCCUGGCGCCAAGCGGUGGUCAGGGCCAUGGCGGUCGUUAGAAACCGUAUUCAACUACUUCCUGAUCAUCCUUGGAGCAUACAUCCUCGUAGCCGGUACAUACACAUCAAUACAGUCCAUCGUGGACUCCUAUAACGAGAACCAAUUCGGGUCUGCAUUCUCCUGUGCGAGCAAUGCCAUCUAAACCUACCUGUAGCAUUUGCAUUAUACCACUACCAAGCGGACUGCAUACAUAGCAUUCACAAAGCAUCGAACGACCUUGUUAAACACAAGUCGUCGUAGGAUAGCUCUUACUAAUAAUGUAACGUUUCUGAGAUACUAAUGAUUUACUGAUAUCUUGAUAAAA